AUGGGUAGCUUAGAUGUUUCUCUCCCCAAGUCUGGCAGUAGCCAGCCAGUCCAGCAAAUCAAUGUGGCAAGCUGUUGGUGUGGUCCUGGGCCUGCGGCCUACGAUUUCCGCACCGACACUAUCACAACUCCAUCACUAUCCAUGCUCCAAGCAAUCGCGCAAUCUUCGUUGAUGGACGAUGUGUAUCAGGAAGAUGAAACGACAACGGAGUUCGAAAAGUUCAUGUCCAACUUGACCGGCAAGGAGGACAGUCUCCUCGUCAUGUCGGGAACAAUGGGAAACCAAAUUGCCCUGCGAUCACUUUUGACGCAACCUCCCCACGCUAUUCUCUGCCAUGAGCGUUCUCACAUUCUCAACUCUGAGGCUGGAGGCUGCUCCUCUCUUUCUCAAGCACACAUGCAACCGUGCAUCCCGGCAAACGGACUGUACCUAACUCUGGAGGACAUUAAGCGUACGGCCAUCAUCAGCAAAAACAUCCAUGUCUCUCCAACGAGAGUGAUCUCACUAGAGAACACUCUAGCCGGUACCAUCACUCCCCUUGAAGAGGUCCGACGGAUAUCCUCAUUUGCUCGCUCCAACGGUAUCAAGAUGCACCUCGACGGUGCGAGAAUUUGGGAGGCUGUAGCUGCGGGUGCUGGCUCCCUAACCGAUUACCUGGAAUGCUUUGAUACUGCUCAGAUGUGUUUCUCCAAAGGCCUGGCUGCACCCAUUGGAAGCAUUAUCGUCGGCCCGAAAGAAACUCUGGAGCACUGCAGAUGGGUGCGAAAGAGUAUUGGAGGUGGAAUCCGACAAGCUGGAAUCAUAUCAGCUGCAGCGCGGGUGGCGGUUGAGGAGAAUUUCGGUAAAGGACCCAAUGGCGAAGGUGGUCGACUGCAAGGAACCCACACUAAAGCAAAGCUUAUUGAGAAAAUGUGGCUCAGUCGUGGUGGUAGACUUGGUCGACCGGUCGAGACUAACAUGGUACUUUUGGAUCUACCGUACAGUGGUAUCACAGUAGAUGAGGCGAUUCGCGUCGCUAAGGAGGAAGGAAUCAAAUUGAUGGGCGGGAGAGUUGUUGUCCACCAUCAAAUCAUCGACGAGGCAAUGGUCCGGCUGGAGAGAGUCUUUGAUCGUCUGAUGGCUCCAAAGGAGAGCAGCGAUAAGGUGAUCGAGGAGGCACAGUCUGUUUAUAGGUAG